AUGACUUUAGACCAAGACCAAUCCUCAUGUAAAACCAAAGUUAGGUUAGGCCAAGUAUGCCAAACAAACAUCAAAGAUUCUGGACCAAAAUCGGGGUAUGACACUGGCAUAGCUAAAAGGUUGAAGAAUAGGAAAGGUCAAGUUGUUGGGUCCUCCAACAUUCCCUCCAAAUCUGUCAGGAAGAAGGCUAAUGUCGGUCCCACUGAAAGACGGAGCAAGGACAUCAUAUCCACUUCCCGAAAGCAAGCUUUUGGGAAGAGGAUUCCAGCCAACAUUCCUGAAGUUCCACUUAACAACGUCUUUUUUCACUCUGUUGAAAAUGUUGAAAAAUGGAAAUAUGUUUAUCAAAGAAGGUUAGCAUUAGAAAGGGAAUUGGGGAAGGAUGCUUUUGAAUGUAAAGAGGUGUUGAGUCUGAUUCAAGAAGUUGGUCUGAUGAAAACUGUAACAGGUUUUGGGAAGUGCUAUGAAAUGCUGGUCAAAGAAUUUAUUAUGAACAUAUCCAAAGAUUGUGACAACAAAAGGAGAAAGGAAUUCAGAAAAGUGUAUGUCAGAGGAAGAUGUGUGGAUUUUUUCCCUGAAAUAAUCAACCGGUUCUUAGGAAGAAAUGAAGAAGAACAAGCUGAAAUUGAAGUCUCAUACAAUGUCAUCUGCAAAGAGAUCACUGCUAAGCAAGUAAAAGAAUGGCCAAGGAAAGGAAAAUUGUCUGCUAGUGCCUUGAGUGUCAAGUAUGUUGUUCUCCAUAGAAUUGGAGCUGCUAAUGGGGUGCCUACCAAUCACUCCUUCAAUAUAGCUACUAGGCUAGGUAAGUUCAUCUAUAUUGUUGGGACCAAGUCAAAUUUUGAUUUUGGGUCUUAUGUUUUUUAUCAGACUAUGAAACAUGUUGCAUCUUAUGCUGUAAAAAUGCCAAUAGAUUUUCCCUCUUUCAUUUGUGGAGUUAUCCUGAGUCAACACCCCAUCAUAUUGAUCAAUUCUGAUAGUACUUGCAAAAGGGGCCCUCAUCUCUCAUUGCAUUAUAGACUAUUCACUAGGAGACAUGUCCCAUACAUUGUCAUGACAUAUGGACAUACUUUUUCAAGUUCCACUGACAGAACAAGCAUUCUUACUAAGAUGAAAGACACCUGCAAGACUUUGGAUGAGACUAUAAAGAGUUGUACUGAAAUGAAAUGCAAACUUGAAAUGUUUAUUAAGGCUCUUUCGGAAGAGGAAGGUGGUAAGAAAGCUGAUGGAACUGAUGAGGAAGAGGAUAAUGAAGACAAAACUAUUACUAGUGAUGAGGAAGAGACUUGA